AAUGUAAAUAAAAAAAAUGCUAGUCCGUUUCAAAUUUCUCAAUUCGAUUAGUCGUUACAAAGAGGAAUAUUGCUCUUUUCGAGUGUUUGGUUUUCUAUGGUCGUUAGUCACGCAUUCUUAUCUAUUUUUUCUAUUCUUUACUACAUAUCUGUCGCUUUCUUGUUGAAUGUAACCAACAGUUUGGUCUUUCGGGGUGGUUUGCGUUUACCUUGUUUGCUCAUCGUUGGCCAACUAAGUCUAUUCAGUUUGCUGUAUUUAUUGGCCGUUGUUUUGGGUUUUAUUCCCAAUAGAAAGAAAUAUUUAUUUAUGACAAAUAGAUUGUUGUUAUUGAUGUUGUUCUUUUUUGUUAUGAACUUGGCGAAUAUGACCGCUUUGGCAACUAUUGACGAUGUUGUGAUAUUCAUUGGAGUUAGAAGGACUUUAUGCUUGUUUGUUUUGAUUCUAGAAUGCUCUUUUCUUAGUAAGAAACCAACACUUUUGGUUUUCUUUUCUGUGGUUUGUAUCACUCUUGGAGCACUUUGGUCUGUGUUGUUUCGCUCCAAACCAUUCAACUUUUAUGGACUGUUGCUCGUUAUUAUCGGUAACCUGAGCAACGCGUUGUAUUUGAUAUGGAUCCCUUUUGCUUCAGAGAAUGGAAUUUUUGGUACCGUUGCACUCACAGUAUCAUUAUCUUGUUGGAGCUUACCUUUGAUGAUCACCGUAGCAUUGUUCCAAGGAGAAGUUUCUCGUUUAAAAAUAUUUUUACAAAAUGAGACAAGUAGUGUCGCUUUUUGGACAGCUUUUGGUUUCUCAUCCGUAUUGGGAUGCUUCAUAUCCCAUGCAACUUAUAUGAACUCCAUUCAUAAUUCUCCGUUGACACAUUCCAUGUCAGGUCAUAUCAAGGACAUUCUAAUCAUCUUUAUUGGCAGUUGGAUUGGUAUCGGUAGUCUACCUUCAACAAGGGAAGAACGAAUGGGACUUGCAUUGAAUAUUUUGGGUGAGGAACAAACAUGAUAACAAUAUCGUCAUCCGACAAGCUUUCUCUGGAAACCAAACAU